UAGGGUUUUUUGCGCUCGUUGCCUCCGUUUUGCGUCUUCGGCUUGGAUCAGUCUACCUCAAAACCCUAACAAUGGCGGAACAGACGGAGAAGGCAUUCCUUAAGCAGCCCAAGGUGUUCCUCUGCUCGAAGAAGCCUUUGAAGGGAAGGAAUCCUGGAAAAGGAGGAAACAGAUUCUGGAAGAACGUCGGAUUGGGGUUUAAGACACCCAGGGACGCUAUUGAAGCUACAUACAUUGAUAAGAAGUGUCCUUUCACCGGAACUGUCUCUAUUAGGGGUCGUAUUUUGGCUGGCACUUGCCACAGUGCUAAGAUGAUCAGGACAAUCAUUGUUCGCCGCAACUACCUCCACUUUGUUAAGAAAUAUCAAAGAUACGAGAAAAGGCACUCCAACAUUCCAGCACAUGUUUCCCCAUGCUUCCGUGUGAAGGAGGGAGACCAUGUCAUCAUUGGUCAAUGCAGGCCAUUGUCAAAGACAGUGAGGUUUAAUGUGUUGAAAGUUAUUCCAGCUGGGUCUUCUGGUGGUGGCAAGAAGGCAUUCACAGGAAUCUAAUUCCAUUGCUAUAGAUAUUUCUGUUAGCGCUAUAUUUGAGUGAGAACGACAUUAGAUUGGGGCGAACUUUUUUUUCCCCUCCUUUUUUGUUGUGUUCUUAGUUAAUCUUUGUAUGGUUGAGUUUGAACUUUAUGAACUGAGUUCUUGAAUUUUGCAAUGCAAAACUAGUUUUUUUCUCUUGCAUGAUGGUACACUCUGCUUUGGUGUUGUAUCGGCAAAUUUGCGGUAAUGGUAUUACAGUA